CGCGGAGUUCCACUGUGUCGAAUCGGCUGCUGCGGAACCACAGGGGGUUGGGGCAGAAGCACCCCCCCACCCUUGCAACUUCGAGUGUGGAAUCUACGGCUGGGAAGGCAGCGACUGAGUUUACCCGGCCUGUCAUGGCGGCGGCCUCCUCCCCGGCGGGGAGCGCGCCCGCCGGCCCCCGGCCUGAGGCGGCCGCGCCGGCCCAGCUACAGUACAGCCUCCUGCUGGAGCACCUGGUGGGGGAGCGGCGGGGGCCGCGCCAGGCCCGGGCCCUGGACCCCGCCGCGCUGGGGGGCAUCCCGGCCCCGCCCAGGAGCGAGGAGCAGAAGCUGAUCGAGCGGGUCAUGGAGAGCUGCGGGUUCAAGGCGGCGCUGGCCUGCGUGGGAGGUUUUGUUUUGGGAGGAGCAUUUGGUGUAUUCACAGCAGGCAUUGAUACCAAUGUAGGGUUUGAUCCCAAGGAUCCCUAUCGUACACCAACUGCAAAAGAAGUCCUUAAAGAUAUGGGACAACGAGGGAUGUCCUAUGCCAAAAACUUUGCCAUUGUGGGUGCUAUGUUCUCCUGUACUGAAUGUCUAGUAGAGUCUUAUCGUGGAAAAUCAGACUGGAAGAACAGUGUUGUUAGUGGGUGCAUCACUGGAGGAGCCAUUGGCUUUAGAGCUGGUUUAAAAGCAGGGGCCAUUGGCUGUGGUGGCUUUGCUGCUUUCUCGGCAGUGAUUGAUUAUUACCUACGGUAACAACGCAGUCCUGUGGGAAAGUUUCACUUGUGUUCCAGUGCUGCUGGCUUAUUUCAUGCUCAGGUGCUGGAGUUCCUUGGAAUUGAGCCAGUCUUUUGGGCACACGGUGAUCAGUGUCAUCGUCGGAAUGGAUAAACAGUCAGUUUCCAAGAACUAAGCCUCUUCUCGCUAAGCCUUCCGGAUCCUUUGGGGUCUGACUUCUGGGGAAUGUUUUGCUGGUGCUGAAAGAGGCAAGCUGUCAGAAUCUUGAUAAAUAAAUGCAGCAAGCUGGGUUGUCAGUUUGCUGCGAACGUUUAACAGUAA